AUGAAGCAGCUCUGUGCUUUCACUAUUUCAUUUUUGUUUCUGAAGUUUUCUCUCAUCUUGUGCUGUUUGACUGAAGCAAGUUGCUUUUGGAGGAUAAAGAAUAGUGAAGAUAAUGAUGGAGAUUUGCAAAGGGAAUGUCAUUUUUACCUUGGGGCAGUUGAUAAACCAAUUGAAGAUAAUUUUUAUAAUUCACUUUUAAAGUUUAGAAUUGCAGCAAGUGAAUAUGAGUUUCUUCUGGUAAUGUUUUUUGCUACUGAUGAGAUCAACAAGAAUCCUUAUCUUUUACCCAACAUAACUUUGAUGUUCUCCAUCAUUGGUGGAAACUGUCAUGAUUUAUUGAGAGGUUUGGAUCAAGCAUAUACACAAAUAAAUGGACAUAUGAAUUUUGUUAAUUAUUUCUGUUAUUUAGAUGAUUCAUGUGCCAUAGGUCUUACAGGACCAUCAUGGAAAACAUCCUUAAAACUGGCAAUGCAUUCUUCAAUGCCACUGGUUUUCUUUGGAUCAUUUAAUCCUAACCUACAUGACCAUGACCGGCUGCACCAUGUCCAUCAAGUAGCCACCAAGGACACACAUUUGUCCCAUGGCAUUGUCUCCUUGAUGUUUCAUUUUAGAUGGACUUGGAUAGGACUGGUCAUCUCAGAUGAUGACAAGGGUAUUCAGUUUCUCUCAGAUUUAAGAGAAGAAAGCCAAAGGCAUGGGAUCUGUUUAGCUUUUGUUAAUAUGAUCCCAGAAAACAUGCAGAUAUACAUGACAAGGGCUACAAUAUAUGAUAAACAAAUUAUGACGUCUUUAGCAAAAGUUGUUAUCAUUUAUGGUGAAAUGAACUCUACACUAGAAGUAAGCUUUAGAAGAUGGGAAAAUUUAGGUGCUCGGAGAAUCUGGAUCACAACCUCACAAUGGGAUGUCAUCACAAAUAAAAAAGAAUUCACCCUUAAUCUCUUCCAUGGGACUAUUACUUUUGCACACCGCAGAUUUGAGAUUCCUAAAUUUAAAAAAUUUAUGCAAACAAUGAACACUGCCAAAUACCCAGUAGAUAUUUCUCAUACUAUAUUGGAGUGGAAUUAUUUUAAUUGUUCAAUCUCUAAGAACAGCAGUAAAAUGGAUCAUAUUACAUUCAACAACACAUUGGAAUGGACAGCACUGCACAACUAUGAUAUGGUGAUGAGUGAUGAAGGUUACAAUUUGUAUAAUGCUGUUUAUGCUGUGGCCCACACCUACCAUGAACAUAUUUUUCAACAAGUAGAGUCUCAGAAAAAGGCAAAACCCAAAAGAUUUUUCACUGUUUGUCAGCAGGUGUCUUCCUUGAUGAAAACCAGGGUAUUUACUAACCCUGUUGGAGAACUGGUGAACAUGAAGCAUAGGGAAAAUCAGUGUACAGAGUAUGACAUUUUCCUCAUUUGGAACUUUCCACAAGGCCUUGGAUUAAAAGUGAAAAUAGGAAGCUAUUUACCUUGUUUUCCACAGAGACAAGAACUUCAUAUAUCUGAUGAUUUGGAAUGGGCCAUGGGAGGAACAUCAGUUCCCUCCUCUGUGUGUAGUGUGGCAUGUACUGCAGGAUUCAGGAAAAUUCAUCAGAAAGAAACAGCAGACUGCUGCUUUGAUUGUGUUCAGUGCCCAGAAAAUGAGGUUUCCAAUGAAACAGCAGAUAUGGAACAGUGUGUGAAGUGUCCAUAUGAUAAGUAUGCCAACAUAGAGAAAACCCACUGCCUCUCAAGAGCUGUAUCAUUUCUGGCUUAUGAAGAUCCAUUGGGGAUAGCUCUAGGCUGCAUAGCACUGUCCUUCUCAGCCAUCACAAUUCUAGUACUAAUCACAUUUUUGAAGUACAAGGAUACUCCCAUUGUGAAGGCCAAUAACCGCAUUCUCAGCUACAUCCUGCUCAUCUCUCUAGUCUUCUGCUUUCUCUGCUCCCUGCUCUUCAUUGGACAUCCAAACCAGGUCUCCUGCGUCUUGCAGCAGACCACAUUUGGAGUAUUUUUCACUGUGUCUGUUUCUACAGUGUUGGCCAAAACAAUAACUGUGGUCAUGGCUUUCAAGCUCACUACUCCAGGAAGAAGAAUGAGAGAGAUGUUGGUAACAGGGGCACCUAAGUUGGUCAUUCCCAUUUGUACCCUAAUCCAAUUUGUUCUCUGUGGAAUCUGGUUGAUAACAUCUCCUCCAUUUAUUGACAGAGAUAUACAAUCUGAGCAUGGGAAGAUUGUCAUUCUUUGCAAUAAAGGCUCUGUCAUUGCCUUCCAUGUUGUCCUGGGAUACUUGGGCUCCUUGGCUCUGGGGAGCUUCACUUUGGCUUUCUUGGCUAGGAACCUUCCUGACACAUUCAAUGAAGCCAAAUUCCUGACUUUCAGCAUGCUGGUGUUCUGCAGUGUCUGGAUCACCUUUCUCCCUGUCUACCAUAGCACCAGGGGGAAGGUCAUGGUGGUUGUGGAGGUUUUCUCAAUCUUGGCUUCUAGUGCAGGGUUGCUAAUGUGUAUCUUUGUCCCAAAGUGUUAUGUUAUUUUAGUUAGACCAGAUUCAAAUUUUAUACGGAAGUACAAAGAUAAAUUUCGUUAUUGAAAUAUUCAUACUAUGAAAAUGUUAGAUUAUACUCAACAUAUUUUUCUUUGUCUUAACAAAAGUAGUACUUAAUCUUAUAAAAAUUUAAAUAAUAUACAAAUUUGAACUUACAAACAGGACAGAACUGUCUAUUGUAAUACCAAUUACAAAACUUUGGUGAAAAAUGGUCUCAUUCAUAAGGACACAAUUCUGAAGAUAUUGAGAACCAGGAAUCUCAACUGCGGAAACGCUACCAUCAUCCUGACCUGUGGUUUUGUGUGUAAAGCAUGAACUUAAUUAAUGAUUAAUAUAAGGUGACCAUACUGACUGUGAACACUACCAUCUCUGGGCAAGUUGUUCUUGUAGUUGUAAGAAAAAGCUCUGAAGACAACAUGGAAGUAAAGCCAGUAAUCACCAUUAUCCCUCAUGCUUUCAUGGAGUGGCUGCAUCCAAUUUCAUGCCUUGGCUUCAUUCAAUAUACUGUGACCAAGGUACAUAAGUAAAGAAACACUUUUCUUACAAGCUUCUUCUGAUCGUUGUGGGUUUUUUUGUUUUUUGUUUUUUGUUUUUUGUUUGUUUGUUUGUAUUUUUACAUCAACGGAAUUUAAAAUAUCAACAAAAUGGUAAAUUGUUUCUGUUGAGAUUUAGAAUAUCAUCGAUUCCUGA